UUCAACCUGAACCCGGGUUUGGGAAGCAGCCGGUGGCGCGAAGGAAGAUGGGGUUGCAAAAUCAACCAGGGGUCGGUUUUUUCCGACCUCAUCUCAGAUGGGGGAUCUGCUGGCUAGCGAGAGUCCGCUUAGAUCUCACCGAGGGACUCUGUUGAGGAAGCUCCCACAGAAAAAUGAAACGGUUGUUCGUUAGGAUCAGUCUUUUUGUGACUCGGGCUUCACAGCCUGGCCCCUCCAUUACUCCAACCUUCCCUCUAAUCCUACACGGCUUCCCUCCAGCACCACCAAUGAAUACUUCUUUUCUAUUUUUCCCCUCUUUGUGGGUUGCUGCCAUGUCUAUGAGAAGAUGGGAGGAAAGUUUGGGGAAGGACGGAUUAGGAAUCAGAGAACCAGAGUUGUGGCAGGACAGGAGCCCAGUGUUUCCUGCAUUUUCGCUUGCCUUUCAGUUCUUUCUAGCCCUUGGUGAAGGGGGGCAUGGUGGUGAAGGUGGAUGGGGGUGGUGGUGGAGAGGAAUCCUACUUCCAUACACACACACACACACACACACCCCACAAAAACAAACCCAGAAAUGGGAAGAGAGAAUAAUUCAGAGUGGUGAUAAAACUUAGGAGUCAGUUAAGACUGUCCUACAUGUCUGAGAAAAUGGCCCUGGAAGUGAAGCCUCUGGACUUGGAAGGCUAUAAGUGUAGUGGCAAGUGCCCAGUCUUUGGAAAAGGACAGAAACAAAGCUGUGAGGCUUUGGAGAACUUGCUUAACUUUAGUAAGUCUCAGUUUCUUCAUCUAUAACAAGAGAUAACAAGGAGAUUCCUAUCUUACAGCAUUGUUCUGAGGAUUUGAAAUAACGUAUGUGAAGUACUUAGCAUAUAGCUGGUGUCCAACAAAUGUAGCUGGUGCAAAUGGGUAGCUUCCUUGCAAUAUUUCUCCCCCUCCUUCUCCAGAAACACUAUUUUUAGUAUCUUUUGUCUGGUGGCUUCCAGUCUGAAUUAUAUCAGUAUGGACUCCGGCUGUGGAUCUCAAUCGCCUUUCUCCGCCUCUGCACAGUGUGCCAUGUGCUCUGACCUGUGGCAGGUCAGAGCGGGCGCAUAGGCGCGCAUAAACACACCUAUCGCGGAGAAUGAGGCUCUGCUCAGCGAAGAAUUGGGAUGGUCCCAGUCUGAGUCGCGGAGGAGUCUCCUAGAAACAUUUAGGGAUUGACUUCGCCACUGAGCCCUCAGGCCUCCGCCAGCCACCACCCCCACGCCCCUAGACAUCCUCGGCGGGCCCCAGUCCCGGCUCCAUUGGUGCUCUCGCCCCUGCCGCAGCUAUGCUGCACACCGAGGGCCACGCUCUUCUUCGGGCCGUGGGUCAGGGUAAGCUACGCUUGGCCCGUUUGCUUCUGGAGGGAGGCGCCUACGUGAAUGAGGGUGAUGCCCAGGGGGAGACUGCACUAAUGGCGGCCUGUCGGGCCCGUUACGACGACCCCCAGAACAAGGCGCGCAUGGUUCGCUACCUCCUGGAGCAAGGUGCGGACCCCAACAUCGCAGACCGCCUGGGGCGCACCGCGCUGAUGCACGCUUGCGCCGGGGGUGGGGGCGCCGCCGUGGCCUCGCUGCUCCUUGCCCACGGUGCAGACCCCUCUGUGCGAGAUCACGCGGGCGCCUCGGCGCUUGUUCACGCCCUGGACCGUGGGGACCGCGAGACUCUUGCCACGCUCCUGGACGCCUGUAAGGCCAAGGGCACCGAGGUCAUCAUCAUCACCACCGACACCUCGCCCUCGGGAACCAAGAAGACACGGCAAUAUCUCAAUUCCCCACCGUCCCCGGGGGUGGAGGAUCCUGCUCCCGCUCCUCCUAGCCCCGGGGUCUGCACGUCGCCUUCCGAAAUCCAACUGCAGACUGCAGGAGGAGGAGGAGGGGGAGGUGGAGGAGAAGGAGGAGGAGGAGGAGGAGGAGGAGGACGGGGGUUGCUAUCCCCUCGCGCUCAGGAAGAAGAGGAGAAGCGGGACGUAUUCGAAUUCCCUCUUCCUAAGCCCCCUGAUGACUCCUCCCCUUCUGAGCCGCUCCCCAAACCACCCCGUCACCCUCCAAAACCACUCAAAAGGCUCAACUCCGAGCCCUGGGGCCUAGUGGCCCCUCCUCAACCAGUCCCACCCGCGGAAGGGAGGCCGGGGAUCGAGCGCCUGACCGCGGAAUUCAACGGCCUGACCCUGACCGGUCGACCCCGUCUUUCCAGGCGUCACAGCACUGAAGGUCCGGAGGAUCCGCCCCCGUGGGCGGAGAAAGUGACGGGUGGGGGUCCUCUCUCUCGCCGAAACACUGCGCCAGAAGCUCAGGAGUCUGGUCCGCCGUCAGGGCUGAGGCAGAAACUGAGCCGCAUGGAGCCGGUGGAGCUCGAUACCCCCGGAAAUAUUUGCCCCGACUCGCCGGAGUGCAGCCGCUUGUCCCUGGAGCGCCGCCGGUACAGCGCCUCCCCGCUGACCCUCCCUCCAGCCGGCUCGGCUCCCUCCCCGCGCCAGUCCCAGGAGAGUCUGCCCGGGGCUGUAUCUCCGCUGAGCGGACGGAGGCGGAGUCCUGGGCUGCUGGAGCGGAGGGGCUCGGGGACGUUGCUCCUGGACCACAUCGCGCAAACGCGGCCUGGUUUCCUGCCUCCGCUCAACGUCAGCCCCCACCCUCCCAUCCCCGAUAUUCGCCCCCAGCCCGGAGGUCGGGCGCCUUCGCUGCCCGCCCCUCCCCAGGCGGGGGCGCCAGGCUCUCCUAGGACCAAACGCAAGUUGGUGAGGCGCCACUCAAUGCAGACUGAGCAGAUCCGCCUGCUAGGGGGCUUCCAGAGUCUAGGCGGGCCAGGGGAGCCAGGGCGUUGAGACAAGUGAGAGGAACCAAGGAGGAUAGGGAUCAGGACCUUGAUGGGACAGGUGGGAGAACCAGCUCACACACACACCACGGACAUAGGGGUCUUUUGCAUGUGCUGUUGGGCACGGUGCACGCACACAUGAGUAAAAAAAGUGUCCACAAGCACAGUACUCUUAUUCGCAGUGAAGGGUAAGUACUCUCUUUACUGGGCAUACAGACACAUGCAUUCAUGUCCUGGUCACUUCACAUGCAUAUGGGAAUACUUGUGUACCCAGCCAUAGAAAUGGCACACACAGGGCCACUUGUGCUAGGGCCCCAAGUGGGUCCCAAAGUCACUUGCAUUCGUUCAGAAGCAGUAAGAAAACCCUACUUAUGGACAGUCUCCAACCUCUUUGCCCUUUUGCAGAGGCAAUUCCCUGCUUUCCAUGUUAAGCCCUGCAACAGCCCGUUCAUGACUUUGCACACUCUACCCUCUUCCUGGAUAUCCCAUCCCGUUGUGUAGGUCUUGCUUCUCUCUCCAGGCCUGGCUCCUUGUUCACAUCCCGCUUCCAGCCCUAACCACUUUUCAGGAUAUCUUCUUCACCCUCCUUGGGAUUUUCCUGCAGCAAUCCUCAGCCUCAGUUCUGCUGCUGCCCUUCAGGCUCUCAGCUUUACUUCUCAACUUCCUGCUUUUUAUUCCCACCUUGUUCCCCCAACCAACACAGCAGGUUGUCUCAUUUUCCCAAGGAGUGGGUCAUGGGCUCUAUGCUGCUCUUCUGUCUGAGCUUAUGAACACCCCCACAGGUAGAAGUGGGGAGUAACCCUAAAUCACUCCUCUCUCCACUUGACAUAUCAAAUAAAUGUGUUCAGAAGUC